UAGGGGAAUCUUGAGGAGUAUACUGAUAGGACAGGCUACCACUGGGAGACUGCACCAUGGAGUUUGUUCAGCGCAUUUAUGGCCUGUGUCUAAUAUGGCUUAUGGUGGUAGGAACAGCCGUUGCUUCUCCAACAAUGCCGUGUGGAGAAAAAGUGGUAAAGAAGUUCAUUCCUGAUUCCGAUGACUGCUCAGUGUAUUACAUCUGUUCCCAUGGAGUGUCCACCAGACACAUCUGUGGAGAAAAUGAGGCCUUUUACGGGCAUAUGUGCUUCCCGAAGUUCUCAAAAUACGACCUUUGUAACAAAUACCGUGCUGUGCCGUUCAGUUCCAAACUCAGACGUCUCCAGGAAACGACGGUGUUCAGAACCACCUGCCAGGAAGGAGAGAGUGGGCUCUUCCCGCAUCCUCUAAAGUGUGCUCUUUACUAUAACUGCAGUGAUUAUUCUGGUAACCUCAGAAAACCAUUUUUGAACGAAUGUCCAUCGCCACUCUUGUUUGAUCCGCGGACCGGAAGUUGUCUUCAAGAAAACCUCGUAGACUGCGGAACCGAGCGUAUGAAACCAUCUGGCCAGUGUGACUACCUACGGCACCAAUGCCUUACAAGUCACGGGAUGCCUUGUGGCGUUUUGAUGCCGUCCUGCCACGGCCUCCCUGAUGGACCGAAUGCCUGGACGGAUAGACUCGAGUCCCCGCAUUAUAUUGAGUGUAAACAAGGAAGCCUUGUGGGAAAGUACAUGUGUGGUUGGACCAACGAUGGUGGGCGACAUAUCCAGUCCAUUUUUCUGUCUAAAGCACGCACCUGUGGGAGAGUUUGAUCUUAUAAACUUUUGAUAUGAACAGUUUGCCUUGCGGUGACCAUUAUAUCAGUCAUAUGUGUAAGGCACACCAGAUUUACCAUUCUGUUAGGUUAUAUCGGUCAUCACAGAUCGUUCUUCCACGAAUCGAAUUAAAUACAACCUAUUCAAAUACAAUCAAACAAUGCUGACGAGAUUUUCUUUCCAAACUAAAUUUCAGUGAAAUGAAAACAAAGGCUUUAGGCUCAGCACAGAUGAUAAUUCACUAGGCACAACAUCUGUUUAAUGAAGGAGUUUUUGAAA